CCCUCAAAGUAAAAAAAGGGAUAGAUUAUAUAUCAAAUUCAAUUUUGUAGUUAUACAAAGUCAUGUAGUUAUAUAAAAAAAUUGUUGAUAAUGUUAAGAAUAAAAAACAGUGUUUUUUUAUGUCGGACAUAGUGUAGGUUUGACAGGUUGAAUCUGACCAUUGUUAUUCAUAUUUAACAUGAUUGCAUAGAAUUUAAAACGCUAGAAAAUGAAUGAAUGUACAAGGCUGUUCUAACAAUUAGCAUGAGGGUUGGUAUUUUUGUAUUUCAGAAGGAAGUGAGGACAUGAGUCAUAUUCGGGUGGUAGAGCUCGCCCAUGAUGCGAAUGGUUCUCUAGGACUGAGUAUUGCUGGAGGAGUUGGUAGUUCUCUAGGGGAUACACCCAUACUGGUAGCUAACCUAACUUCUGGUGGCCCUGCUGAAAGGUCCAGAAAAUUAAAGGUUGGAGAUAAAAUCCUCAGUAUAAAUGGAGUGAGUACAGAUGGAAUGAAUCAUGAACAAGUGGUCAACUUGCUCAAGUCCUCGACUGAUUCUAUUACACUACAAGUAACACAAGGCGAGCAGACACAAGUAAGCGUAAGUGGUCGGACAUCUUCAACGCGAGGCUCUACCCGAGGAUCUACGUCUGGGAUGACACCUGAAAUACCUACAGUGAGGACACCAACUCCACAAGAAAACAAUGUGUUUGAUGAUGAGGAGGCACCCCCUCAGUAUAAGACAAUUACAUUAGAGAGAGGACCGGAUGGACUUGGUUUCUCUAUUGUUGGUGGUCAUGGAAGUCCACAUGGAGAUUUACCCAUAUAUGUCAAGAAUGUAUUCUCCAAAGGUGCUGCUUCAGAAAAUGGGCUGCUUAAACGUGGUGACCAGAUCCUCACCGUGAACGGCUCCAGUUUAGAAGGUCUUACGCACGAGGAAGCUGUAAACAUUCUGAAAAAUGCAAAAGGUUCUGUGAUAAUGAAUGUAUUAUCCUAGCACUGCUACAUUGUUAUUCAUUGUAAAGUUGGUAAAUUUACAGAUCACAAUAAUACUGGCAUAAAUUUAGUAAGAAAAUCAACACAAAUUUUGAUCUUACCAUAGUUAUAUCAAUGUUGGACAUAAACUUAAAUAUUUACAAUACAUGAACAUUAUAAAAAUGAUGUUUGUAUAAUAAGAUUCAAAUAUGAAGCUGUAUUAUUAUUCCAUAAUUGGUGUUCUGAAUUACAUGCACAAAACUGUGUUGUAUUGUUAAUAUACAAUAAUUUUUUUUACAAGGAACUAUUUAACUGAUGAAUAAUUUCUCUAAUCAUAUAUGUGAAGGUCAUUCAUUGUUUAUUAAACAUCCAAGGGAGAGAACCAGUGUUUAAUAUCAGUAAGGAAGUCUUCAAUAUUCACUUUGUAUUUAUUUACUAGCUAGAUUAAUUAGUUAUGUUUGAAAUAAAAAGAUUUGUUAUGCAUUUUAUCUUUUCAAAUUCCAGAUUAUCAUUGUAAAUAAUUUAUACUCAUAUAUUGAAAUGUAUUGCUAUACUGGUUAGGGUAUAUUAUACAAAGACAUUAGGAAAUACACAUUUUGUAUUCUGUAAUCAAGUUAUAGUUUGUAUAGGAUUAUGUUCAUAGUUUGAGUUUUUCAUUUUUAGGUAUAUUAUUUUUUUUGUCAUUUUUUUUUUAUUAUUUUUUUGUGGUUUUAAUGUUAAAUUUUUGCAUAUUUUUAUAUCAACUGAGGUUGUGACAUUAGCAAUACUUUUAUGUGAAGAAUUGAGCUUUAGUUGUAGGUUAUAGGAUUGCUUGUAGGAAACAUCAUGUUAUCAUGUCCGGCAGAUCUGCUACAGUAUUCUAACAUGUACAAAACAACUGAUAAUAUCAGUUGUCCGGGAAGUGAAGAAAAUUUGUAAAACCUUUUGUUAAUAAUAACACUUAUUUUUACAAAAUUAUGUAAAACAAAAAAAAAUAAUGAAUGAAAAAAAAAAAAACAAAAUUAAGGAGUUUGAUGAUACUGUUAUAAUCUGUUUAUAGUUGUUUUUUUAGAUCUUUAUAUUCAAACAUACUAUUUAUACAACAUAAUUCUACAUUGUGUAGUAUAAAUGAAUUUCAUUUAUAAAUGAAGACAACAUUUGAUGGCAGAAAUUAAAAAAAAAGUUCCAACAUGUGUUAUCUGGUUUUAAUGUACUACUAAUAUGAAAUAUUUCCAAGUUUGAUAUUAUUUUUUGGACAAAUGUAGUGAUACAACAUGAAAAGAUUACAAACUUGGAUAUGUAUUAUAUACAGAUAUAUGUAUAAAGAAGGUAGUCAGAUCUACUUAUCUAAUCAUAUCAUUUUAAAGUUUCUCUUACAUGCUGAACAUAUUUACAUUUUUGUACUUAUAAAUUUGUUGUCAUCAUCUGAACAUAUUUAAUGCGAAACAUUUCCUGCUUUACCAUUGCACUAGACUUGUCAUGUGACCAAACAUUUUUUGGCUGAGUUUUUGGGUGAUAAAAUGUAACGGAUAAUGUUGUUAUGAUUGUAAGUCUGCAAAUGUCUAAAUUUGUUACAAUGUAUGUAUAUACAUGUACAUUUGUAUGUAUGUAUAUAUAUUAUAAGAAGAAGAAAAAUAAUGCAUAAUUAUAAGAAUUUUUUAUUAAUAAAAUUGGAAUUGAUUGUGAUAAUGUAUGUUUUUAUGGUUUUAUUGGAAAAUAUAAGAUAGUUUAUGUUGGGAUAUGACAUUUGACAAGUCUGUGUACUCAUGGUAAAGUAUGAUUUAUUCACCUUGCUGUUUUUUCUAUGCAUUCCAUGUACAGGCAUGUUUUAUUUCAAAUUAUUAUAUUAUGAUUGUUGAAAUAAUUUUAUGAUAAUUGGAAAUUAAUUAGAAUAAUAAAUCUACAUGUUUUGUUUCCAUUUAUAUAAAUGACAGGCUGUCAUUUUAUCAUUUAUUUCAUUUCUGUUGACAAUAUUUUCAUAGAUAAACGCUAAGUUCUUUUUGCCAUAUGUUUUCCAGUUACUUUGUGUUUAUACUAAGUCAGAUAUUUGGAUAUUUAAAUAAAUUGGAAAUCUGCAGUUUUAAUUGUAAUUAAAGACCUGGAAUAAUAAAACAAUAGAUGAGGUAAAGGGAAGCUACUAACCUGAUAUAUUUUCAUCUACCAAUCUGUUAACAAGCUUGAUAGGAAUUGGACUAUGUGAGUACAUGUAUCUUUUCAAGAAACGAAGAAUAAUCAGAAAUUAUUGUGAAUUAUUGUAGUGGUUACCAGGGCUACCGUUAGUGUACAUUGUAAGUUAAGGAGUAAUAUACUUGGCAAUUUUGACUUGUGACAUCCAAAAUGUAAUGCUUUGCCUUCUUUACCUAUGUAAUGUGACUUCCAAUGUAGUCUAUGACUUCCAAAUUUUGGAACUAAAUGGAAACCCUGGCUUGCAUGUUAUUCAAAUUAUGGAAAAAUAAAGAGCUGUUAUGUGGCAUGUUCUUAUACAGGUUAGUAACCAGUUAUCCCUAAGUAAGAUGUUUAUAUUUUUAUAUUAGGUGAAUCUAUUCCCUCUUUAAUUAAUCAGAAUGUAGACUUUUAACAAAUGAAGAUGAAAUGUUUGCAGGGAUAGGUAGUAAAAAAGCAUGAGAAAAAUGUUAUAUAAAAUUAAAUAUAUAUAUUACAAUAUGUAUUAAUGUAUGACAAAUGAGAAAAAAACAAAUGCUUAGUAAAACAUUCCAUAUUAGGCUUAUAUAAAUGAGUUGUUGGCAUUGAAACACCUACAUGUAGAAGAGUAUUUCAUUGUGUCUAGCAUUGGAGGUAAUAUCCUGACUCAAUACAUAUAAUGAAAGGUCGUUUCAAAUGUUGAAUUUUAAAAUAUUAAUAGUCAAAUUCAAUAUUUAAACAGUGUAAUUUUUUUUAUUAAAAUAUCUGUUAAUAUUUUUUGGAAUGCUUUUAAUGUUAGUCAUCCAUAAAUUGAAGUGAAAUGACCUGGUUUACGUAAGUAUGCAGUUUCAGGCAGUAUGAAUACUGAUUAAAGCAGAUACAUAUUUGUUCGUUUAUUUACCUUAACUGUGACAAAUCUGUAAUAAUGUCACUGGUUUCAGCACACUUCAUCAGAAAAAGUUCUUUUGUCUAAAAUAAAUUCACGUUAUGAAAAUUUCCCCUUUUUAUUUAUGUUAUUAUUUCUGUCAUAUAUUCAAAUUUGUUACUACUGAAUGUGAAGAGGAUGUGAACCAGGUACUUUCAACAUACUUUUUUUCUAUGAGCCUAGAUGUUAAAGUUAAUUGUUGCACCUAGAAUAGAUGUUUUUUUCUCAGUUACAAGCUAUGUUUAAAAUUUAUCAUUAUAAGUUCUGUUACAAUGAACAAACUUAUAGAAAUAUCUUUUUCCACAUAAAUUAAUAAAAAUUAUUACUAGAAAACGA